UUCUCGCGUAUUAUUUCUGCGACACAAUGCGCUAAACGUCACAGCCACGCGCCUCCGUUCCUCCUUUCUCUCGUCCUGAAGAUGGCGGCAGGGACUCUCUACACGUACCCAGAGAACUGGAGGGCCUUUAAGGCUCAGAUUGCUGCCCAGUACAGUGGAGCUCGUCUGAAAAUUGCGAGCACCUCCCCUGCCUUCAACUUUGGGCAGACGAACCGAUCCCCUGCCUUCCUUAGCAACUUUCCCUUGGGCAAGGUUCCAGCUUACCAGGGUGAUGAUGGCUUCUGUCUGUUUGAGAGCAAUGCCAUUGCUCACUAUUUGAGCAAUGAUGCCAUUCGUGGUAGCACUCCCCAGGCUGCUGCCCAGGUGCUGCAGUGGGUUAGCUUCGCUGACUCUGAGAUCAUCCCUCCAGCCAGUGCUUGGGUGUUCCCUACUUUGGGUAUCAUGCAGUUUAACAAACAGGCUACAGAGCAGGCCAAAGAAGAGCUGAAACGAGUCCUUGCCGUUCUGAAUCAGCACUUAAACACUCGCACUUUCCUGGUUGGGGAGAGAAUCAGUCUAGCUGACAUCACUGUUGCCUGCUCACUGUUGUGGCUCUACAAACAGGUUCUUGAGCCCUCUUUCCGUCAACCCUACCCAAAUGUCACUCGCUGGUUUGUGACCUGUGUCAACCAACCUCAGUUUAAGGCUGUUUUGGGAGAGGUCAAGCUCUGUGAGAAAAUGGCUCAGUUUGAUGCCAAGAAGUUUGCAGAGAUGCAGCCCAAGAAGGAUGCUCCUGCUAAGGAGAAGAAGGUUAGCAAGGAAGGAGGCAAAUCGCAGCAGCAGCCACAGCAGCAGGAGAAAAAAGAUAAGAAAAAGGAGGAUAAGAAGCCCGCCCCUGCUGAGGAGGAGAUGGACGAAUGUGAAGCUGCACUGGCUGCUGAGCCAAAAACAAAAGACCCAUUUGCUCACCUUCCAAAGAGCUCCUUUGUCUUGGAUGAGUUUAAGAGGAAGUACUCCAACGAGGACACCCUGACCGUAGCGUUGCCGUACUUCUGUGAUAAUUUUGAUCGUGAGGGCUUUUCAAUCUGGUAUGCUGAGUACCGCUUCCCUGAAGAGCUCACCAUGGCCUUCAUGAGCUGUAAUCUUAUCACAGGAAUGUUCCAGCGACUUGAUAAACUGCGCAAGAACGCAUUCGCCAGCGUCAUCCUCUUUGGUACAAACAACGACAGCUGUAUCUCUGGUAUCUGGGUCUUCAGGGGCCAGGAUCUUGCAUUUCCUCUGAGUGACGAUUGGCAGAUCGACUAUGAGUCAUACACUUGGCGCAAGUUGGCUGUGGACAGUGAGGAAUGCAAGACCAUGGUGAAGGAAUACUUUGCAUGGGAGGGUGAAUUCAAGCAUGUAGGCAAACCUUUCAAUCAGGGCAAGAUUUUCAAGUGAAAACAGAACUUGCGCCUGAUAUUUAUCAACAUCAAAAACGAUGGACAUGAAAUCAGUUCGAGAAUCUCAUGUAGAAGGUUGUGUGCCAUGAGGGAUGGAAGAUUUCAGUUGGGGAAAAUAAAAAAUGUUUUCCACAGUUUCA